GUCAUCAACAACAGUCAGUCAGACACCUCGGGGAGUUUUCUAACCAACAAAACCGAAACAUUAUAGAUGUUGAGACGCUGUCAGUGUAUAUAAUUCACUGUGUUUUAAAACAUAUUUCUGUCGUAUAGAUAGUUACCUCCCUCGUUUAAUUUCAUAUGUACGUUACUAAAUCAGCAAGCUGAAUAGCUCAAAUAGCUUAGCAACUGGGCUAGUCUCACAUGUUAACUAGCUGUUUUAUUUAUUUCACCAGCUAGUUAGCUAACAUAGCUAACGUCCCCCGACCAUGAGUUCACAAAACUACUCUCCUCCUGUUAAAGAGGAGGAGGAGGUCUGCUGGACGGAGAAAGAGGGUCUCGUCAAAGAGGAAGAGGAGGCUGUUACAAUACAAAAACAAGUAGAGGGUGAGGCUGUUACCGUGAAAGAAGAAGAGAAAGACGUUUCAGUGAAAGAAGAGGAAAACGCGUUCAGAGUGAAAGAGGAGGAGGAUGUUACAGUAAAAGAAGAGGAGAUGGAAGUGACAGUGACAGAAGAGGAAGACGCGUUCAGAGUGACUGAGGAGGAAGAGAAAGUGGAUGCACCAUCGAGAGCAUCCUGUCGGGCUGUGUCACCGCCUGGUACGGCAACUGCACCGCCCGCAACCGCAGGGCUCUCCAGAGGGUGGUGCGAUCUGCCCAACGUAUCACCGGGGGCAAACGACCUGCCCUCCAGGACACCUACACCACCCGAUGCCACAGGAAGGAUCAAAAUAUCACCAAGGACAACAGCCACCCGAGACGCUGCCAGUUCAGCCCGCUACCAUCCAGAAGGCGAGGAUGCAGUUUUUGGACUGAAGGAGGAAGGAGAGAGAACUGACACAUUGGUGGAGGAAGAGGAGGAGACAGGAGACCUGAUUAACACCAAGAAGUUUCCGGUGCGUUCUGCAGUACGUUCCUGUCCGCUUUGCCCCAAGGUGGUGGUCGGCUUCAGUCAGCACCUGAGGAACACGCACAACGUAAGGAACACGGAGGAGAGGAUCCUCCUUUGUAAUUGGCAGUCUGGCCGCGUCAAUAUCAGAAAGGAAACGUGUCCAGUGACGGGAUGUUCCACACGCGUCAGUAGACUGGAUCGACACAUGGAGUCCCACACGGAGCUCAACAGAUCGCAGAGGAGACGAGCUUUAGAGGAACUUAGGAGACGGCUGACCAUGGAGCGGCUGGCCACGUUGAGGGCGUCCAACCCUGUCGUACCGCUGGCCACCCGUUUGGAUAUCGCGGACGGUGGUGCGAAGCAAGAAGAGGAGGACGACUCUUUAGAUUCGCUGCUGACUCCUUUGGAAGGGGAGGAGGAGGAGGAGGAGGACGUGAGCUGCGAAGCUUAUUCCUGCCACUGCCAAGCGCCGAUCUUGAGGCUGCGGAAAGCUUUGCAAGAGCGGGAUGAAGCCCUGACCAAGAUAAGUGAGACCAUCCGAUCCGUUAGAGAGGACAACCUAAAGCUGAUCUCUGAACUGAAUAGAGCGAGGAAGAGGUACCAGCUACUGAAAAGGCAGAAGACGAGUGUCGGGGCGAGGACGGCAAAUGCGAGGUCCAGGUUUCAGACCGAGCCGUCUCCUCUUGCGUCAGACACAGAACAAGGGGAGCUGCAGGAGGACCAAGACGUGGGUUCAGGGGCUCAGACAGAGGAGGACACGGCGCCUGGAUCGAGCAGCCAAAUUCCCUUCCCGGGCUCUGCUCUGAGUGUGUUUAUAGAGGGGUUCAGGAAGACCUGUGAAGGUCCAAAUCCAAACAAUAAACUGAAGCAAGAUUGUGCCGCAAAGAUCAAGAUGGUGCAGCAAUUUUUGACGUACAUGGCGAAGGAUGAGUUUUAUCCAUCCGCUCUCACUUUCCUGACGAACCACGACAACAUGAGGAGAUGGUUUCAGACUCUUCAGAAGAACAAGGCCGUCGCCACGGUCAACCACUACGCCUCGACGAUCGGUGCGUUUCUCCAAUACUCCGAGGAGACGCCUCCGCCUGGUUGCCGGCUGACCAAAAACCAUUGGAAGGAGAUCAACCGGGCAAUGAAGGAGAUUAACGAGUCCGUGAAACGACCCGUUUCCAGGAAGGAAGGCAAGGUGGUGUCUAUAAAGAGCCUGCUGGAAUGCCAGUCUCUUGCCAAGGUCAAGAUCCCUCAAGUGCUGAAAAUCUUGGAAGAAACGAGGACACAGAGGAACCAGAACCGGUUUUACGGAUUUCUGUGUGCCUAUUUUACCUCCAUGUACGGCCACAGCCCGGGCCUGUAUAGAAACAUGACGGUGAAGGAGGUGGAGGAGGCCCAGUGGGGCCUGUCUGGGACCUGUCUGAUCAACGUGGGAAACACACAACAAAUGGAAACCACGAUCCAGAUGUCGCUGACCAAAGAAGAGUACACUUGGUUUUCAGACUUCCUGAAAUUCAAGCACUUCCUCCCAGGGGGAAAGAAAGCCCAGCACUUUUUUUUCAAUUCCACCAACACUGAGAUCAGGAAUCUACCGGUCUACCUGAAAGAGGCGUGGAAGGAGAUGGGCCUGCCUGAAAGCCCUAACUUCACCGAGCUGCGGACUUCCAUUGUCAGUCAUGUCAAAAACGUUCUCCCGAAUGCCGACAGGGAAAUGCUGGCCGACUUCAUGUGCCACGACAGCCAGGUGAAAGACAAACGUUACGCGAUGAAUCCUUCCAAAGCCGGUGAAACCAGCGCCUUCCUUGAGACGGCGUCGAAGGGAGAAGAUACCACACCACUGUCGCCGCAGAGAACCAGCCCUCCACCUCCAGAAAGAGGAAGACGAGAGAGGGCGACUCCGUCUCCGAACGAAGCACCAACCCUGAAGAGAUCGAGGUGCAGUACCAGGAGUCUGACACGUUCGCCGGGUAGGGAGAGGAACGAAGCACCAACCCUGAAGAGAUCGAGGUGCAGUACCAGGAGUCCGACACGUUCGACGGGGAGGACCAGGAACGAAGCACCAACCCUGAAGAGAUCGAGGUGCAGUACCAGGAGUCUGACACGUUCGACGGGGAGGACCAGGAACGAAGCAUCAACCCUGAAGAGAUCGAGGUGCAGUACCAGGAGUCUGACACGUUCGCCGGGGAUGACCAGGAACGGAACGGACGGCCAGACAAACCUCUAGUAAAAUAACAUAUCCAGAGACGACGCGUUUAGAUUACAAAGAUGCACUUGUACGCCAUUUAACAGUCGAGAACAAACCGAUUGAUACUCGGAAGAACACAUCGCCGCUCGCCUCCCACUUUGUCGCGCUGCGUAUGAUGUAUGACGCUGCAGGGUAUGAAGCAGCUGAGGUCCGUUUUAAAGAAGGAUGAGGAAGUGCACGAGGAAAGACGAGGGGUUUGACCUCUGACAGUCAGAUGGAAGGAGGGGAGCUGUCUUCUGAAGAAUGUUCGACUUUCUCACAUUUAUACACACCACACACACAGACACACACACACACACACACACACACACACACACACACACACACAGGUUGUUGAUUCAGACUCCUGAUGGAGACAUUAUAACAACGAGAGCUUACACAAUAUUAAAAGUCAUUUAAUUUCAUUUCUUGUUUAGAUUAUUCAAUAAAAUGUUGUUGCUAGUUCUCCACUGUGUUGUUUUCAUUUCAGACCGUGAGGUUGAAUUUAAAACAGGGUUGAGUGAAGUAACAUAGGAUCAUAUCUCAGGGAAUGUCAAAACAGGAAGGGAAUGUCAAAACAGGAAGGGAAUGUCAAAACAGGAAGGGAAUGUCAAAACAGGAAGGGAGAUUUAAAACAGGAAGGGAGAUUUAAAACAGGAAGGGAGAUUUUAAAACAGGAAGGGAGAUUUUAAAACAGGAAGGGAGAUUUUAAAACAGGAAGGGAGAUUUUAAAACAGGAAGGGAGAUUCGAAACAGGAAGGGAGAUUUAAAACAAGAAGGGAGAUUUUAAAACAGGAAGGGAGAUUCAAAACAGGAAGGGAGAUUUUAAAACUGGAUUGAGUGAUGUAACAGUUAUGAAGGGAGAUUUAAAACAGGAUUGAGUGAAGUAACAGCAAAUACGUUGAAUGAGAAACUUCUGAGCGUGUAGAUCUUCACAAGGUUGACGAAAUGACCUCAUAUCUUUUCAGUCUAAUACCUCUAUUUACUGCUGUUGUUCUCAUUAGAAGCUUUCUGUAAGUAACUGUCCUCUCCAUGUUUUAGUAAGUAUACUGAACAAAAAAUGUAAACACAACAGUGUUGGUCCCUAUGUUUCAUGAGCUGAAAUAAAAUAUCACAAAA